AUGGAUAAUGUCAACGAGCGAGCACCUCUCGUGGAUACCGGAAGGCUGGCGACAUCCACAAAAUUUGCUUACGCUCUUGGACAUGUUUUUAACGAUUUGACGGCUGCAAUGUGGUUUUCUUACACUCUAAUUUAUCUUCAACGAGUGGCAUUGUUAGAACCUAUCGUCGCCGGUGCGCUUUUACUAUUAGGACAAGUUAUCGACGCAAUUAUGACACCUGUAUUUGGUUUUCUGGUCGAUCGAUACUGCAAGAAGAAAAUCUGGCACGUCGUCGGUUCCACUAUGGUCACUCUGAGCUUUCCCAUAAUAUUCGGCGGUUUCGCCAAUUCGUCUACGACCGCAAUGUUUUUAUACGUGACGAGUAUUACGAUAUUUCAAACGGGUUGGGCAGCUGUGCAAAUCUCACAUUUAUCAAUGAUUCCCUCGUUAACUAAUUCUCUUUUAGCUCGAGCUGAUUUGACCGCGAUAAGAUAUUCCGCCCAAGUUGGUGCAGCCGUGGUAGUUUUUGCUGUUACAUGGAUAGUUUUACCAACCAAUGGAGAGUCGAUGGUCCAGCUGGAUCAACAAGAUGACUAUAAAUUCAGGAAUAUCGUUUUAGUCCUCACGACUUUUGGACUGACCGCAACGGUCUUUUUUCACGUUCUUUUAAAAGCGAAUCUCUUGGAACAAACAUCUUCAAAAUUAAACGUCGAAGAAGGAAUUAGAACAUCGGAUAAUUUCUCAAACCGCCGAGUAUCAUGGGUCGCUAUUACGAUUUUGUUAAGAGUUGCGAUGCUGUACGUAGCAAGUAGAUUGUUCAUUACUCUCGCUACGGUAUACUUGCCACUGUACAUAGAAGAGACCAAGGUUGGUGGCAAACAGGCGUUGGCUACCGUGCCAUUGGUUUCGUAUGUAUCUUCAUUCGCAGCCGCUUUGCUACUUAAAUACAUCAACAGAACCUGCGGUACCAAGUUUUGUUAUUUUCUUGGCGCUAUAAUUGGUAUAAUAGCCGCUGUGGUUACGGAAUUCGUCGGAAGUAACACGACGGUCGUAUACGCCGUUGCCGUAUUAAUUGGCGCGGGAAGUUCUAUUACGAUGGUCACCGCGUUGAGCGUCACCGCCGAAUUAAUCGGCUCAAGAACGGAACGUAGCGCGCUCGUGUAUUCCAUUGUCACUUUCCUCGAUAAAAUCAUCACUGGUUUCGUGGUGAUACUCAUCGAGAAAUGGUGA